GUGACGUGUACAAGCAUUUCCUGCAGAGAGACCGGCAAGAUGGCAGCGGACACGCAGGUUUCAGAUAUACUGAAGAAAUUUGCUGCGAGAGUGACUACAGCCAGUGUGAAAGAGCGCAAGGAGAUAUUCGGAGACCUAAAACAAUGUGUAAAGGGCAAAGAGUUGCCAGAGCCUGCCAUCAAAGGACUAUGCAAGCUCUUCUGUCUCACUCCACACAGAUAUCGGGAUGCUGCGUCACGCAGAGAGCUACUCUCUGUCAUUGGCCAGCUGGCUGAGAGUCAGCCUGCCAUCCUGGUAACCAGCCUCCUCCACUGCCUGCUGAAUUGUGGAGUCAUCAGCAAAAAUGGAGAGCCCAGUAAAAGCACAGGCUCUGCUGCCUUUAUCGGCUUGUCUUGGACCUGUCUUUUAGUCCCCAGUGUGUUUUCUGCCACAGAGAAAAGAGAAGGAUCCAUCUGGAAGAAAAUGGUGGAGGUUCAGAGCCUUCUUGUGGCCGAGGUGGUGGGUGGAGCUCAGAACACGGCUCAGAAAUCAAGCUUCAAGAAACUCUGUCACCUCUGGGAGGAGAGCCCCGGGCUGGUUGAUCAAUACAUCAGUACUCUGCUGACUCUGGACCAGAACUCUACAACUCUGGUCAUGCUGGGGGUGUGUUUAGACUUCUGCGCUGCUCAGAAAGACAAAGCUACAAUAGAGAAGCAUAAGAGUGCGAUGUUGGACCUGUACGUAAAAUCAGUCCUCAUGAGCAAGACAAAACCACAGCAGCACAUUUUGGACAAAAGCAGCUCCCUACUGCGCCAUGUGUCCCACUCUGAGUUCAAGGAACUGCUGCUUCCUGCCCUGCAGAAGACCAUGCUCCGCAGCCCAGAGAACGCUAUGCAGACUGUUUCCUGCCUGUUGUCAGCUGUAACCCUCGACCUCAGUCAGUAUGCUGUGGAUAUCGGAAAGGCCUUAGCAAGCCAGUUGAAAGCUAAUAAUGCCCAGCUCAUGGAGGAAGCAGUGCAGGCCAUGGAGAAUCUGGCCCAGCAGUGCAGUGAUCCCACUGCUGUGCAAGAUGUCGUCACACACCUCUUCAAGAUCCUUGGAGGGUCUGAGGGAAAGCUCACAGUUGUUGCCCAAAAGAUGAGUGUGUUGUCAGGUGUUGCCAGCUGCAGCCAUCAUGCUGUGUCAGGAACUUCCAGCCAGACUCUGAGCUCUGAUGUCGCUGUGAUGUUCAUUCCUUAUCUACAACAAGAAGUUCAUGAGGGCACCUUGGUGCAUGCAGUAUCUGUGCUCUCUCAGUGGAGCAGUCGCCUCACAGUGGAGGUUCCUACUGCUCUGCUGGACUGGUUGAAGAAAGCUUUCACCCUCAAGACCUCCACCUCUCUGGUUCGACACGCCUACCUUCAGGCCAUGCUGGGAGCCUUCAAAGGUGACACUCUGGCCCAAGCCUCAGACCUCAUGCCCCUGCUCCUCCAAACAGUUGAGAAGGCUGCAGCACAGAACUCCCAACAUGCUUUGCUUGCUGAAGGUGUGGCGGCUUCUGUUCUUUUGAGUCGACUGGCUCUGUUGGAGACACAAACAGAGACAAAAUUCACCACCUUUUGGAGCCUGAUCUUAGAUGAAAAGAAACCACUGUUCACUACAGAGAAGUUCCUCUCUCAGGGCAGUGAAGAAACUCUGCUCACUGUGCUGCAGCUCUGUGAAAGGCUGUUUUUGGACCAUGCUCACCGGCUUACUACCAGCAAAUCACAGAUGUAUCAUCACGCAACAGUUGCAGUUCUGUUAUCUCGGAGCUGGCGGGUGAGAAAGAGAGCACAGCAGAUGAUCAGGAAGCUGCUCUCCUCUCUUGGGGGAUCCAGUCUUGCCCACGGCCUUCUGGGAGAACUCCGUGUGGUUAUCAACAAACACAAAGUUUUACCCCAGGAUGUCCUGGUGUCAGAGUCAGGAGAGCUGACUGAACUCGGUCGUAGCUAUGCUCCCCCUCGUGUCCUGCUGGAUGCACUGUGUGUUGUUUGUUCCUCUGCCAGUCAGUGGGGCGAUCCUUUGGAAGCUGAGAAUCUGGCCAUGGAGACCCUCAUAGUCACUCAUCAUCCAUCUAUAGUUGAAGCUCGCUCAGGCCUCUGGCCUAUUCUGCUCUCCUCCAUGAACAUAAAAGCUGAAGAAUUCAUAGAAAAGAAUCUGGAAGCGAUUUUGCCACUUCUGCUGGAGGUCAAUGCUGACAAUCAGGCGGUAAAGAAUGCAGUCGGUGCCCUCUCUGGCCUUUCCCCCAACAAGCUGUUACCACGGGUGAUCAGUCAAGUCAUCGAAGGGCUUUCCCAACCUGCUAUGCUUCAGGUCACUAGGGAGGAGUUCGCUAUCAUGCUGACACCCGAGGGACAACUGUAUGACAACAGCAUCAUCCAGAGUGCCCAGAAAGAAAACACCAAGAAAGUAAACAUGAAGAGAGAAAACAAGGCCUAUUCCUACAAGGAACAGAUCAUUGAACUGGAGCUACAGGAGGAGAUGAAGAAGAAAAAAGGCAUCAAAGAUGAGGUGCAGCUGACCAGCAAACAAAAGGAAAUGAUGCAAAUUCAGCUGGAGAAGGAAUCUGCUAUUCGCAAAAGACUUCAAGCGUUGGAUGUAGAGCUGCAGAGCGUGGUGGGUUUGCUGGAAGCCACUCUGAUAGAGAGACCAGCUGAGAUCACUAGGGAGCUCCCUGCGGUCCUCCAGGUCCUAAUGCCGCUGCUCCACUCCCCUCUGGCUGCUCCGUGCAUCCAGCAGGUCUUCUUGGAUAUCGGCGUGUGCCUCAUGCCCAAACACCUGCAACAUCUUGCUGUACUUGUGGGUCAUGUGACUUUACGGUUGCUGAAGCCUGAGUGUGACUUGGACAAGGCCUGGGAACAGGAGGACCUGGACACAGCAGCCCACCGCACUGUGAUGCUGCUGCAUAACCACACUGUCCCACAGAGAGAGGGCAAGACAGGCGAUGUGGCCACACUCUCGGCUCCUGCUUUUUCCUUCUGUUUUCCUCUUCUCAACGCAACACUCAGGGAGUCUUCAGGCAGCACAGAGGAGACUGAGAACUUGAUGAUCAGAGCAUUGCAGGUCAUCAACGAACACUCCCAGCUUCGGGCCGACACAGACGGUGAUGAUCUUGUCAUAGAUGAGAACGGACCAGAGCUGCUUCCACGUGUCAACAUGCUGCUGCUACUGAUCAGAGUUAUUUCAACAGCUACCCCGAGGCUCCAGGUGUUGGCCUCUCAGUGCCUGACAGCUCUGUCUGCCAGUGCUGGAGGAGGAGAUGGCUGCACUGUAGCAGAGCAGCCAGAGAUCGACGUCCUGCUCAACGCCUUGCUGUCCCCCUGCUUCUCUGUCCGGGAUGCUUCCCUCAGGGGGCUGUUGGAGAUGGAGUUUGCCCUUCCUACAGACAGCACAGAGGCAAGCGGAAUGAGUUUACUGCGCAGACUUUGGGUUGCCAGAUUUGAUGUUGAGGAGGAGGGACGAGCUUUGGCUGAAAAGCUCUGGGAGUCUCUGGGUCUGGAGUUGGUCCCUGAACUCUGCUCCCUGUUGAUUGGAGAUGUCACUCACCACGAGGAGGCCAUUCGUUCAGCUGCAGCAGACGCUCUGUCAAGUGCCGUGUCCCAGUACAGAGACCAGUCUGCCACAGUGCUUGGCCAGCUUACUGAACUCUACCAUCAGAAGCUUUAUAGGCCACCUCCUGUGCUGGAUGCCCUGGGCCGAGUUAUCUCUGAAGCGCCACCUGACCAGUGGGAGGCCAGGUGUGGCAUUGCUCUGGCUCUGAACAAGCUGUCGCAGUAUCUGGAUGAAUCCCAGGUCACCCCUCUCUUCCUCUUCUUUGUUCCUGAUGCUCUGAAUGACCGCCACACUGAGGUGCGGCGUUGCAUGCUGGAUGCUGCCCUCUCAGCGCUCAACACACAUGGAAAGGACAAUGUCAGCUCCCUGCUGCCAGUGUUUGAGGAGUUUCUGAAGAAUGCACCGCAGGAUGCCAGCUACGACUCUGUCCGUCAGAGUGUGGUUAUUCUCAUGGGCUCCUUAGCCAAACAUCUGGACAAAAAUGACCCCAAGGUCAAACCCAUCGUGGCCAAGCUCAUCACUGCACUCUCUACACCUUCACAGCAGGUCCAAGAGUCUGUGGCCAGCUGCUUGCCUCCUUUAGUCCCUGCCAUCAAGGAGGAUGCUGCAGGGAUUGUAAGAAACCUGCUGCAGCUGCUGCUGGAGAGUGACAAAUAUGCAGAGAGAAAGGGAGCAGCGUAUGGACUGGCUGGACUGGUCAAAGGUCUCGGAAUCUUGGCACUGAAACAGCAGGACAUCAUGACCACACUAACAGAUGCCAUCCAGGACAAAAACUUCAGACGGAGGGAGGGGGCACUGUUUGCCUUUGAGAUGCUGUGUAACAUGUUGGGGAAGCUGUUUGAGCCAUACGUUGUCCAUGUACUGCCACACCUUUUGCUCUGCUUUGGAGAUGGAAACCAAUAUGUGAGAGAGGCUGCAGAUGACUGUGCCAAAGCUGUUAUGAGGAACCUGAGUGCCCACGGAGUGAAGCUUGCUCCUUCUCUGCUAGUGGCCCUGGAGGAGGAGUCUUGGAGAACUAAAGCAGGCUCCGUGGAGUUGUUGGGUGCCAUGGCUUACUGUGCACCCAAGCAGUUGUCUUCCUGUCUGCCCAGCAUCGUGCCGAAGCUUACCGAGGUACUGACUGACUCACAUGUGAAGGUGCAGAAAGCCGCCAGCAGCCUCCGGCAGAUUGGCUCCGUCAUCCGCAACCCUGAAAUCUUGGCCAUCACCCCAUCCUGUUGGACGCCCUCAACUGAUCCUUCCAGGAAGACCCAGACGUGCCUGCAGACGUUGCUGGACACCAAAUUUGUACACUUCAUCGACGCUCCCUCCCUGGCCCUUAUCAUGCCCAUCGUUCAGAGGGCCUUCCAAGACCGCUCCACUGACACUCGCAAGAUGGCCGCUCAAAUCAUUGGCAACAUGUACUCCCUUACUGACCAGAAGGAUCUAUCACCCUACCUGCCAAGUACGUACAGUCUCAGCCAAGCUCUGGGUGCCAUGGUGAAGGGGAUGGGUGAAUCCUGCUUUGAUGACCUGCUGCCAUGGCUCAUGGAGACACUGGCUUCUGAGCAGAGUUCUGUGGACCGCUCUGGAGCUGCACAAGGUCUGGCUGAGGUGAUGGCUGGACUGGGAGUAGAGAAGCUGGAUAAGCUGAUGCCAGAUGUAGUCCAGACUGCCAGCAUGGACAUGCCUUCCCACGUCAGAGAUGGCUACAUCAUGAUGUUCAUCUACCUGCCUCUCACCUUUGGAGAUAUUACUCCCUAUGUUGGGCCCAUCAUCCCCUGCAUUCUCAAGGCUCUGGCUGAUGAGAAUGAGUAUGUGAGAGACACGGCACUGCGAGCUGGACAGAGAAUUAUCAGCAUGUAUGCAGAGACUGCCAUUGCACUGCUGCUUCCUGAGCUGGAACAAGGCCUGUUUGAUGACCUGUGGAGAAUCAGGUUCAGCUCUGUACAGCUGCUUGGAGAUCUGCUGUUUCAUAUCUCUGGAGUGACAGGAAAGAUGACCACAGAGACCGCCCUCAGAGGAUGACAAUUUGGAACUGCUGCAUCCAAUAAGUCCCUCACAGGCUAUUAUUCUGCUCUGGGUGCUGAGCGUCGCAAUCGAGUCCUCUCAGGCCUCUAUAUGGGCCGUUCAGAUACUCAGCUGGUGGUUCGACAGGCUUCCCUCCACGUCUGGAAGAUUGUGGUGUCCAACACUCCCAGAACUCUGAGAGAGAUCCUCCCAACCCUCUUCACUCUCUUGCUGGGCUCCUGGCUUCUACCUUGCCCCUGACAAGAGAACGAUCGCUGCUCGGACGCUGGUGAUCUGGUGAGGAUUGGAGAGAAGAUUCUCCCUGAGAUCAUUCCCAUCCUGGAGGAGGGACUACGUUCUGAUAAAAGUGAUGAAAGGCAGGGUGUCUGCAUUGGCCUCAGUGAGAUCAUGAAGUCCACCAGCAAAGACGCAGUGCUUGUGUUCUCUGAGUCACUGGUCCCCACAGUGAGGAAGGCUCUCUGUGACCCUCUGGAGGAGGUUCGAGAGGCUGCAGCCAAGACCUUUGAGCAACUCCAUGCAACAAUCGGCCACCAGGCCCUGGAUGACAUCCUGCCAACUCUGCUCAAACAGCUGGAUGAUGAGGAUACAGCUGAGUUUGCUUUGGAUGGUUUGAAGCAAGUCAUGGCAGUGAAGAGUCGCUCUGUGCUACCUUACUUGGUUCCAAAGCUGACUGCUUCUCCUGUGAACACCCGGGUGUUGGCCUUCCUUUCUGCUGUGGCUGGAGACGCUCUGACACGCCACCUAGGGGUCAUCCUGCCUGCCCUGCUGUCCUCUCUUAAAGGAAAGCUGGGAGCAGAGGAUGAGGCACAGGAGUUGUGCAGCUGUCAGACAGUGAUCCUUUCUGUGGAGGAUGAAGUGGGCCAGCGGAUCAUCAUAGAGGACCUGCUGGAGGCCACACGAGGAGCCGACCCUGGCCUCAGACAGGCUGCUGCUACCAUUCUCAACGCCUAUUUUGCUCGCACCCGCCUGGACUACAGCGCCCACACACGCACCUUGUUGUCAGGCCUCAUUCGCCUUCUUAAUGACUCCAACCCAGAGGUGCUGUCACAAAGCUGGGACACAAUCAACUCCAUUACCAAGAAGCUGGAUGCGAGCAGCCAGCUGGCUCUAAUCGAUGAUCUGCAUCGAGACAUUAAAUCAGCAGCUGCAGACGUGAAGGGUCAGCAUCUGCCUGGCUUUUGUCUUCCCAAGAAGGGUGUAACAUGUAUCCUGCCGGUCCUGAGAGAAGGUGUCCUCACUGGCAGCCCUGAGCAGAAAGAAGAGGCAGCUAAAGCAUUAGGUGGUGUCAUUAAACUGACCUCUCCUGAGGCUCUCCGACCGUCUGUUGUCAACAUUACCGGACCUCUUAUUCGUAUCUUGGGAGACCGUUUUGCAUGGACAGUGAAAACCGCCUUGCUGGAGACUCUCACCCUGCUGCUGGCAAAGGUGGGCAUCGCUCUGAAGCCCUUCCUGCCACAGCUGCAGACCACCUUCCUGAAGGCCCUGCAGGAUUCGAGCCGUGCAGUGAGGCUAAGGGCCGCUGAGGCUCUGGGUCAGCUGGUUUCCAUCCACACCAAGGUCGACCCACUCUUCACCGAGCAACUGUCAGCGAUUCGCAAUGCCGAGGACUCUGGAGUCAGGGAGACUAUGCUCCAAGCCUUGAGGUUUGUCAUUCAGGGGGCCGGAUCAAAGGUGGACCCAGCCAUUCGCAAAAACAUCACCACCACAUUACUAGGCAUGCUGGGACAUGAUGAGGAUGCAACCCGUAUGGCCUCCGCUGGCUGUGUUGGUGAGCUGUGUGCCUUCCUGUCAGAGGAGGAGCUGAAGAGUGUGUUACUUCAGCAUGUCUUGGCCGACGUGUCUGGUGUGGACUGGAUGGUGCGUCAUGGUCGUAGUUUGGCUCUGGCCAUAGCUGUCAAAUCAGCUCCUGAGAAGCUGUGUGGGAAGGACUACUGUGACACUGUGGCAGAGACAAUUUUGGCCAACGCCACUGCUGACAGGAUUCCCAUUGCUACCAGUGGGAUCAGAGGUAUGGGAUUCCUGAUGAGGCAUCAGUUCAAAACAGAGGGAGGCAGUAGUGUUUCCCAACGCAUCAUCACACAUUUUGUUAAGUGUCUUCAGAAUCAGUCCAGUGACAUCAGACUGGUGUCGGAGCGGGUGCUGUGGUGGGUAUUUAAAGACCCAUCACCAUCCAUGGAGGCCAGUCUCAUAAAGCCGCUGCUGAAGAGCCUGCUGGACAACACCAAGGACAAGAACACCAGUGUCAGAGCGCAGAGCGAACACACAAUCGUUAACCUGCUACGACUGCGCCAGGGAGAGGAAACUAUGCAGACUAUCACUGCCAUUCUGGACUCUGCAAGUAACGACCUGCUGUCAGAGUGUCACCGCCGGUCUUUGAAGAAAAUUGCCAGCCUGCCAGACUCCAAUGAAGAGAUUGAUGACACCAUCUUAACAUGAUGGAGCAGGACUAAACAAUAAAGUGACAUCUGCAGAAGUCAACAGAAGCUUGACAGACAUAUUAAACAAAUCUCCCGUGUAUGAGAACCCCAGACACACUCGGCACACAUGUUGCCCUUCAUAGGCUGAGGCUGAGAUUAGUGUUUUGACUGGUUUUCCUACAUACUGUAUUCCCCAACAAAUUUAUUUUUUUCUUUCUCAUUUUACAUCUUUGUUUCAACAGCCUUUAUCCCCAAUUUAUAAUUUGUUUUAUUUUAUCUUGCGAUGUGCAGGUUAUUCUCCUGUAUUGAGCUACAUUAGGAAUGCCAAAUUUGUUUUGAUAUUUCAAUGUUUUGCUACUUAUUUUAUCAAGCUGAUUUCAAGCAUUGCCUCUGUAUUGAAAGAGUAUUCCUGUCUUUAACUUUUAUUUGAACCUUGUGUGCGAGAGUUAGUUGUUUGGGGAAAGCAACCUCUUAUAAGAAUACAAAUCAUUCUUAUGUCAAUGAUACAGUUGUAAAAAGGCAAUACAAAAUAAAAAGAUCUUGAUUUCA